AAACCCAGCGGAGAGGAACCGAAGCCCCUUCAGACCCUCUGCGCUCCGGUGCGUAAAAGUGGCCUCUGAGCAAAAAGGAAGGACAUGAACGCGCUCCUCCUCCUCCUCGUCUCCCUUUUGACCCUGCUGACCCUCGGACGGGGUCGGGGUCAGAGUCAGAGCCCAACGGCCGCGGAGGAAGGCGAGCAGUGCUCCACGUGCGAGUCGAGGCAGCAGAGUAAGCUGAUGCGCCUGCGCUCCAUCAAGGCGCAGAUUCUGAGCCUGCUGCGCCUCGAGCAGGCGCCCAACGUCAGCAGGGAGGCCGUGAGGCAGCUGCUGCCCAGAGCGUCGCCGCUGCUCGAGCUGUUGAGCCAGUACGAGCAGAAAGGAGGGAUGGCCGACGACGACGAGGAGCAGGCCACCACCGAGACCAUCAUCGCCGUGGCCACGGAACCGCAACGCACAGCGCAGGGAAACAAUGCGCCGCGCUGCUGCCUGUUCUCACUGAGCCCGAAGAUCCUGCCAGACAAAAUCGUGAAGGCCCAGUUGUGGUUCCGCCUGCGAGUGGGCCGCGAUGCCACCACCGUGUCCAUGCAGCUGUCUCGCCUUAACAGCCGCUCCAGCAUCCGCUCGCUGCGCCUCUCCGUGAACGCGCAGACCAACCCGUGGCAAAGCAUCGACAUAAAGCAGUCGCUGCAGGCCUGGCUCCAGCGGCCCGAGAGCAACUUCGGCAUCGAGAUCAAGGCCGUGGAUGCUGACGGGAAGGACUUGGCUGUCACUUCCGCCGAAUCAGGAGAGGAGGGGCUUCAACCUUUCCUCGAAGUGAAGAUAGCAGAGAGCCCGAAGCGCUCCAGGCGGGACUCGGGCCUGGACUGCGACGAGCGCUCCACGGAGUCCCGCUGCUGCCGCUAUCCCCUCACCGUGGACUUCGAGGACUUCGGCUGGGACUGGAUCAUCGCGCCCAAGCGCUACAAGGCCAACUACUGCUCCGGUGAAUGUGAGCAGGUGCACCUGCAGAAGUACCCGCACACGCACCUGGUGAACAAGGCCAAUCCUCGCGGCACCGCGGGACCCUGCUGCACGCCCACCAAGAUGUCGCCCAUCAACAUGCUCUACUUCAACCACCAGGAGCAAAUCAUCUACGGCAAAAUCCCCUCCAUGGUCGUGGACCUCUGCGGCUGCUCUUGAGCUCAAUGGUGGCGCCGGGAAUAUUUUGUAGUGCGUGCUUAGCUGAACUGUAUAGAGCACGUCAAAUCAAGGCCUUGGGCCAAAAUAGAAGUUUGGCCCCUCCAGAGUCCCCCAGAGCCCCCCCAAAAACCAAUGUGCCUCAGCCAAGACCAGUGCACUCAAAUUCUUGCAAAUUACACAUCAAAUUACAGUGAUGUGGCAUAAAUAUUGAAAGUCCAACAUAAAUAAUUAGUAAUUGCAAAUUUUAUCCUUAUUUUUACAAUGAUAUGGUUUUCAGAAGCAGUGCCACCUAUUGGUAAAUGAAUGGCACAGCAUCUACACUUGGUGAAUCACUUUCACUGAACUUUUUGUCAUUACAAACAAUGAUAUGUUGGAUAACGGAGUAUAAACUAGUUUGAACUACUUACAUAAUUUUGGGUAUUAUUUUAUAUGACCAGGUUUGGGCCAUACGCAAGCUAUGACAUUAGCGUUAUAGCUAAGUCAUGAGGUGUUGCUAGCUUCAUUUAGCUGCUAAGAUGUUAAACUUGCCUGAUAAGAGGCCAAAUAUCAGUCACCACCACCAUGUCGCUGUUGUCGGAAGAAAACCCUGUAUCUCCAAAAUGAUAACUUUACAGGAAAAGGAAAAAACCUACAUUACUUUUAAUGUAAGUCAAUG